AUGGCGACAGUAGAUCCCGAGAUCGUACCCUUCCCCGAGGCUCCUAACUCAGCGAGCCCCAGCUCAUCAGCAGAUCAAAUACCGCUCGAACAGCCUCAAAAGGUGAAAGGACGACACAAGUUACUGCAAAGUCUCCAGCGCUUUUCCUCGAGUCCAUCCUUGACCCGGCGCAAUCGAUCUCGGUCCGCGUCGACCACCUAUGGUCGUAAUGGUGCUUCGUUGUCUUGUGUUUCACUCUCUCAGUCGACGUAUGCUCCCUGCUCAAGCAACGGAAGUGCAACGCAGCUGUACGGCGGUCUGAACAUUCGUCCUACCACUCCCGGUCCUACCGGAUCUUAUGCGGCUGAUGACCAGGAAGGGAAUGCGCGUAUCCGUUUUGUUGCGGACACUAUCAAUGGCCCUCAGUCGAAGAAGAUUGCGCUGCCCACUGAAGUCAGGCCCGGGUCUCGGAGUGGUAUGCUUGAAGAUGCUGCUGUCGUCGCGAAGCCGGAGAAGUUCGACUUCUGGGGAAAGAUGCCGAAUGAGCUCGGGAUGCUGAUUUUCAGCUACCUCACCCCAAAAGAGGUCAUCCGUUGCUCGACUGUUUGCAAGUGGUGGCACAAAAUGUGCUAUGAUGGGCAGCUGUGGACGGUUGUUGACACCACGGACUAUUACAGUGACAUACCCAGUGAUGCGCUCAUGAAGCUCAUUAUGUCGGGUGGCCCGUUCAUAAAAGAUUUGAACCUUCGAGGGUGCGUUCAGUUGCGAGAGAAGUGGGAGAGUGAAAGCGAGGAAAUCACGGCUGUGUGUCGCAAUGUCGUGAACUUCUCUCUGGAAGGGAGCCGUAUGGAGAAGUCUGCGAUCCAUUGCUUUCUUGGGCGGAACCAGCGGCUACAGUAUGUCAACUUGUCUGGUCUGGACAGUGUCACGAACGGAGCGAUGAAGAUCAUAGCAAAGUCAUGCCAUCAGCUGCGGACUCUGAAUGUCUCCUGGUGCACGAAUGUGACUGUCUCGGGCCUAAAAAGAGUUGUGAAGGCUUGCCCUAUAUUGACUGAUCUCUUGGCCAGCGAGAUCAAAGGAUUUGAUGAAGUGGAACUUCCCUCGGAAUUGUUCAAGCGGAAUACCCUGGAGCGUCUGGACAUCAGCCGGACUGAUAUUACUGAUGAGAGUCUCAAAGUACUUAUGCACGGCGUCGACCCGGAAAUAGACAUUUUGGAAGAUCGUGCGAUUGUUCCGCCACGACGCCUCAAGCAUCUAGAUCUCCACCAGUGCUCGGAGUUGACAGACGGCGGCGUGAAGAGUCUCGCGCAUAACGUUCCCAAUCUCAUAGUGCUCCAGCUCGCAGGAUGUACUGACUUGACCGAUGAUUCUAUUAUUCCUGUUAUCCAGACGGUUCCGCACCUUGUCCAUUUGGAGCUUGAGGAGCUGGAGCGUCUCAGUAACAGAAGUCUUCUUGAGCUUGCGAAAUCCCCAUGUGCUCCAUUCAUAGAACAUCUCAACGUCAGCUCCUGUGAAUCGUUGAGUGACCCAGGAAUGCUCCAGGUCAUGAAGAGCUGCCCGUCGCUCCGCUUCGUGGAAAUGGACAAUACCCGGAUCUCGGACUUGACCCUGUCAGAAGCCAGUUAUCGUGUCCGCAAACGAGGAUAUGACGAGAACGUUCCUCAGAUCGGGCUGCGCAUAGUCGCCUUUGAUUGCCCGAACAUAACCUGGGUCGGCGUCAGGGAUAUCCUAGCAGGCAACGCCUACAUCCCCCGUCAAUACAAAGUCUCCGCCCCCGAUGCGAUAUCAGUAGUCACCCAGACUGUAAACGCAAGCAGGACCUCCGUGCUAGGAUCCGGAUCAGGAGCCUCGACGCCCAUGAUAACCUCCUCAAUCACACCGCCGCCCCCGCCCACCGUCUACCCGAAUCACAUCAUCCAGCUCAAGUGUUUCUAUGCCUGGCAGGCAACUGUGGAUGAGCACACAAAACGUGUCCUGCGCGGCGACCUUGCGGCUGCCAACCGGCUCGAGAAGAAAUGGUUCGAUUAUAUGGUUGCCACUGAGGAAGCGGGUAUCGGUGGUGCUGGUGCGAGAAGGCGACGGAGAAGAGCGCGCGAGGCGGAGCGCAUUUACAACGACGACGACGCCGGGGAGCCGUACCUUGGCCUGCUGGGGGGCAGAAGACGAGCUCGCAGCGGCGGGAGCUGUGCGGUCAUGUAA